AGCUUAGUUUCUCUUUGAACUUGUCUGUUCUUGUUCUUGUCGCAAAAAAAAAAUAAAUUAACGAUGGAAAGUGAAAAAGUAUUUAAAGUCAUUUUCGUGUUUGUCUUCAAUUUGAUGCUGAUAAAUGCAUUGCCAUCUAUAGAAUUACGUCAUACAGACAUCAAACCUGGUGAAAUACUUCGCGUGAAUGAUACAGUUAAACAGAAUUAUAGAUAUGUUGAGAACUUUCCAUGGGAUACCUUUUGUGUGGAUUACCAAGUUCCAGAGUUAACGUACUUCCCACAUCCAGAGAGCUGUAAUUGGUACCUUGUUUGCUGGAAUGAUGAGUUAAUUUUGGGUGAAUGUGAUGACGAUUUGAAGUUUGAUCCACGCCUAAGUACUUGCGUUUUUCCUGAGGACUAUGAAUGUAUUUUAAACUUAUAUCCUCAAUGGACUGAUCCUCGCUGCCCCACACCAGGAAGUAAUGAACUUCGUAUUCUGCCAUCAGAGUUUUGUGAUGCAUUCGAAGUUUGUGUUAACGGAUGGCCAAUAGAAGUUCCAUGCCGUCCAGGACAACAUUGGAAUGCUGAUAGACAGUUUUGUGAUGAUCCUAGAAAUGCUGGAUGUGAAAAUGGAAAUGGAAAUUAUCCAAACGGAUUACCAGAAUGCCCUAAUACCUUUAUUGGCAGUUUACCGCAUCCUGAAGACUGUAAUUUAUUCAUUCAUUGCUCGAAUGGAAACAGAUAUAUACAAAGAUGUCCUCAUUUACAUCACUUUGACAUUAAUUCCGGAAGAUGUAUGGUUUUGACGCAAGCUAAUUGUAUCGAUGAAUAUAGAGGACCUAGAAGAAAUUAAAUUUAGAUUUAGAUUAGUGUGACAGGCUAGUAAUUACUGUAGCUGUCUAAUAAAUAAAAUUCUGUUAUUGAAAAUGAAUUAAAAAGUUUAUAAAUAAAGUUUCAUGACAUUUGAUGUCUCUGGAUAUAGGGACUCGAAUUUAAG